AUGGAGCUGCUCCGCGGGCCCCCCCACCUGCCGCCGCCGCCCCUGCCCUCCUUCGCCUCCUUCGGCCACCGCCGCCACGCCGCCCCCCCGAGCUGGAGCUGCUGCAGCCUGGAAGCCACGCUGGCCCCCUGCCUUCCCCCGCUGCCUGCCGGAGCCCUCGCCCUUGCUGCCGGAGCCCCUGGACGCCGAGGACGAGGAGGACGAGGACCUGCGCACCGUGCUGGACUUGGUGCUGGCCAUGGGGGGCGGCCAGGGCCCCCUGCCCUUCGCGCACGACCCCCGCCGCCCAAAGGGCCCCCGCCGCCGGACUACUACCCGCCGCCCAUGGCGGAGCCCCUCCUGGAAGCCGGCGACCCCUUCCAGCCUUCGUCCUACCUGGAGCCCCCCUACGGCCUGGCCCCCGCCGGCACGCUGCAGGGCCGCUUCUGGGUGGCCCCGGCCUUGGCCGCAGAGCGCCUCUUGGAGGCCGCCGAGCCCGAGCGCGACGCCUACCGGCCGAUCAAACAGGAGGGCAGCCCCGCCGGCGGGGAGACCCCUCCGCUCAGUCCGGAGAACCUGCUGGCUGCCUCCCAUGCCUACCCGGCGCCCUUCCGCGGGGGCCCCCUGCUGCUCACCCCGCCCGCCUCGCCGCUGCUGGAGCCCAAGCCCAAGAGGGGCCGCCGGGCCUGGCCCCGCAAGCGCACCGCCGCCCACACCUGUACCUACGCCGGCUGCGCCAAGACCUACACCAAGAGCUCCCACCUGAAGGCGCAUCUGCGCACCCACACUGGUGAGAAGCCCUACCACUGCAACUGGGACGGAUGCGGCUGGAAAUUUGCUCGCUCGGAUGAACUGACGCGGCAUUACCGCAAGCACACGGGGCACCGUCCCUUCCAGUGCCACUUGUGUGACCGCGCUUUCUCCCGCUCCGACCAUCUGGCUCUACACAUGAAGAGGCACAUGUGACCGGGAUGCACCAAAAGGACUCGCCCAGACUUUCGGGCAGCAAAGAACUGGGGCUCUCUUUGGCGGAGCGCCGGGGCGGAGCCCGUUCUCCCAGACGAAGCUUCCUGACGAGGCCACCGGGCCCUGCAGAAGUGGCUCACGGCUGCCCAGGUGGAAGAGACUGUCGCUGACAAUGGUGGCCCAGGCCGGAGGCUGGACGUUCCACGACCGAGGCUCGCCGGUUUGCCCUCACCUACACUAGAAACACAGGCCUUGAGGUCUUGUCAAAAGAAACUUACAAAUAAUAUAAAUAUUGUAAAUAUUUUUAUACAGAUGUACUGGACUAUGCACACAAUAGACAAAUGGGCAUUUUGCCUGCUUUUUAAAAAAUUAUUUUAAAAUACUUUUAAUGUUACAGAGUUUUGUAAAAUAAAAGCAAUUCUGAGCGGA